AUGUCUGGCAUCAUCAACAAGGUCAAGGACACUAUUGCCCACCACAAGGACGAGAAGGCAGAGAAGAAUGUCGAAAAGAACUAUGCCGAGUCCGACCAGACCGCUGGUACUGGAUACAACACCGGCACCACCGGUAACACCUAUGACUCCCCUCAGUCUUCCAACCGUGGUCCUCACGACAGCAACAUUGCCAACGAAGCCGACCCUCGUAUCGACAGCAACCGAUCCAACUUGACCGGCUCAACCACAAAUAACUAUGGUCCUCACGAUAGCAACAUUGCCAAUAAGGCCGAUCCUCGCAUCGACAGCGAUCUAGACAGCCGCAACCGCAACACCUCUACUGGCUAUGGAUCAACAGGUCCCACUGCCACUGGUGCUGGUGUUGGCGCUGGCUCUGGCUACGGAUCUACUGGUCAUACUGGCACUACCACUGGUACCGGAUACGGAUCGACUGGAGGUUCCACUUACGAUUCCGCUCGUUCUUCCAACUAUGGUCCCCACGACAGCAACAUUGCCAAUAAGGCCGAUCCUCGUGUCGACAGCGACCUAGACAGCCGCAACCGCAACACGUCUACUGGCUAUGGAUCAACAGGUCCCACUGCCACCGGUGCCAGCUAUGGAUCCACUGGUCCUACUACCACUGGUGCUGGUGUUGGCGCUGGCUCUGGCUACGGAUCUACUGGACCUACUGGCACUACCACUGGUGCCGGAUACGGAUCGACUGGAGGUUCCACUUACGAUUCCGCUCGUUCUUCCAACUAUGGUCCCCACGACAGUAACAUUGGCAACACUGUCGAUCCUCGUGUUGACAGCGACCUAGACAGCCGCAACCGCAACACCUCUACUGGUUACGGCACCACUGGCAACACCUUCGGUACCACUGGAUCUUCCAACUAUGGCCCCCACGACAGCAACUUGGAGAACAAGGUCGACCCCCGCGUCGACAGCGACCGUGAUAGCCGUGCUGCGCACCACAGCACUUCCUCCGGCCACACCGCCGGCUAUGCCGCAACUGGCGCUGCUGCUGGUGCUGGCGCUGGCGCUGGAUACGCCGCUUCCCACCACCACCCUUCGGCCCACUCUACCUCAACUGGCCCAGCCAGCUCUACCACCGGCCCUCACUCUAGCAACUUGGAGAACAAGGCAGACCCCCGCGUCGACAGCGAUAGACCUAACGAUCGCUACUCUUCCUCCACCGGCCCUGCCUCCUCGACUGCCGGCCCCCACUCAAGCAACGCUGCCAACGAGGCCGAUCCUCGCAUCGACAGCGACCGAAGCAACGCCAACUACAGUGGCGUCUCUCGGUUCGACAAUGAUGUGCACAAGGGAAGCCUUGGUGGCGGUGAUAUGAUGCACCUCUCUAAUAACAACCAGAGUGCCCCUACCACCACCCACACCUUUGAAGAGUCGCAGAAUGAGAGCCUCGGUGGUGCUUCCGCUGGUAGCAGCUACGGAUCUAAGAAGACUGCUGGUCCCCACAGCAGCGAUACUGCCAACAAGCUCGACCCUCGUGUUGAUUCGGAUCUUGAUGGUUCCAAGACUGUUGGCUCUCAGCGUUAUUAA